UUUUCACCCUUUUCCUGUGGGGAGCUGCUCUGUGGAGGGCUGGUCUCUGGCUUGGUGAGUAAAUGCUGAGCAGGCCUACGGCGAUUCUCCUCCACUAGUUCAGGACUGCUGUACUUCUCCUGAAGUGUUCUUUCUCUUCCUGCCAUUCUUACCCUGCCCCCUUUGGUAUUACCAGCCACACAGGGUUUGUGAGCAAGAAGAGCCUCUGGAGUCAGGACAGGAAGAAGCCAGGAGAGAUUGGCCAUGGAUUUUUCAUCGCAAGAGAGCAUAAAUGCGGUGACCUGUCCCAUCUGCCAGAAGGUCCUAACAGAACCCAUGAGCUUGGACUGUGGCCACAGCUUCUGCCAAGACUGUAUCACUGCAGAGAUUGAAUUAGGGGACUCUUUAGGAUUGGAAUGCUUCUGUCCUGUUUGCCAGAGCAGAUACCAGCCUUGGAACCUCCGGUUUAAUUGGGAGCUGGCAGAGAGAGUGAAGAAAUUCAGGGAGGUCGACAUGAGUUCACAGCAGCUGAGGAGGAGAGAUCUCUGUGAGCACCAUGGGGAAAAUUAUGAUAUCUUCUGUAAGGACGAUGGCAAGGCUAUUUGCAGGCUUUGUGUUCAGGAGCACCAAGGUCACCAAAUGUCCCCCAUCAUGGAGGUGGUCAAGGAAUGUCAGGAGAAGCUCCAGGAAGCUCUGAAGAAGCUGUCACAGGAGCAGCAGGAAGCUGAGCAAUUGGAAGUUGACAUCAAUGAAGAGAGAGCUACCUGGAAGAAACACAUGCAGACUGAGAGAGAGAGGAUUCGGCAAGGGUUUGAGGAAAUAAGAGGCAUCCUGGACAAAGAGGAGCAGAGGGAGCUGCAAAAGCUGGAGGAAGAUGAAGUGAAUGUGCUGGACAACUUGACUGUGGCUAAAGACCAGAUGGUCCAGCAGAAGCAGUAUAUGAGUGAGCUUAUCUCAGAUCUCCAGCGUCAUAUGCAUGAAUCAACUAUAGACAUGCUGCAGGAUGUGAUGAACACCUUAAGAAGGUGCGAGAUCUACACCUUGAAGAAGCCAAAAAUUGUUUCCAACAAACCAAAGAGUACAUUCCGAGUUCCAGAUCUCAGUGGGAUGCUGCAAAAGAAGGAAAUCUGUGAGCCACAGGAACCUCAGAUCAGGACAGAUAGGAGCAAUGGAGCAGCUGCGAUGGCUUCAGGAAUCCUGGUGAACAUAAAGGAGGAGGUGACCUGCCCCAUCUGCCUAGAGCUCUUGACAGAACCCCUGAGCCUAGACUGUGGGCACACCUUCUGCCAAGCCUGCAUCACUGCAAACAACCAGGAGUCCAUGGUCAGCAAAGAAGGGCAGAGCAGCUGCCCUGUGUGCCGAAUCACCUACCAGUCUGGGAACCUGCGGCCAAAUCGGCAUGUGGCCAACAUAGUGGAGACGCUCAGGGAGGUCAAGUUGAGUCCAGAGGAGGAGCAAAAGACAGAUCUUUGUGAGCGCCAUGGAGAGAAACUCCUGCUCUUCUGUAAGGAAGAUGGGAAAUUCAUUUGCUGGCUUUGCGAGAGGUCAAAAGAGCACCGUGGUCAUCAUACAUUCCUCAUGGAAGAAGUUGCCCAGGAGUACAAGAAAAAGCUGCAGGCAGCUCUGAACAGGCUGAGGGCUGAACAGCAGAAAGCCGAAAAGUUGAAAGCUGACAUCAGAGAAGAGAGGACUUCCUGGAAGAAUCUAAUACAAAACGACAGCCAAAGUGUCCAGGAUUAUUUUAAAAAACUGAGAGGCUUUCUGGACACUGAGGAGCAGAAGGAGCUACAAAAGCUGAUGAAGGAGAAAAGAGAUAUUCUCCAUGACCUGGAACAGUCUGAGAGUGAGCUGGUCCAGCAGAGCCUGGUGUUGAGGGAUCUCAUGUCAGAGCUGGAACAUCGGUUGCAGGGGUCAAUGAGGAAGAUGCUGCAGGAUGUGAAUGGCAUCAUGGAAAGGAGUAAGACCUUUACUCUGAAGAAGCCAAAAACUGUCUCCAAGGAUCAAAGGAGAGUGUUCCAAGCCCCUGACCUGAGUGCAAUGCUGCAAGUGUUUAAUGAAUUGCCAUAAGUACGCUGCCAUUGGGGUAAAGAGAUACCACAGUAUCAUGAAGCCACCCUGACCUCAUCUUUUUAUAGAACUUUACAUUUUCUAGUAGAUUAUAUGUGGGUUUCUUUUUCACUUUUUAAAUUAAUUUUUUAGAGAGAGAGCUAGAAGGAGAGAGAGAGAGACAGAGAUAAAGAGAAAUAGAGAGACAGGGACAGCGAUAGAGACAAAUAUUAAUUUGUUGUUCCCCUUAUUUAUACAUUCUUUGGUUGCCUCUUGCGUGUGUACUGACAGGAGAUGAACCUGAAACCUUGGCCUCUCAGGACAAUGCUCUAACUGAGCUACCUGACCCGGGCUGGGUCUUACGUCUUAAGAUCCACGUUUUCCCUCCCAAAACACAUAUUUCUUCAGUGUUGUACCUUUCAGUUCCCAUGCAUGUUACCUUAAAGAUCUCUCAUACAAUAUCACAAAUAAAGACACAUCAGAGUUUUUCUACACCCUGUAAUUUUUCUACAGUUCACAUGGCCCUGGAUCCUGCCAAAGAUGAAUUAUAGGUUGUUGUUUCUGCAGAUCGAAGACAAACAGGAAAUCCCUCUUCUACAUUAAUUUAUAAAGGGUAUAAUAAUGCUUAUGAUCAAUUUGGUGUCCUGGGUUUACCAUUUAUUACACCAGGCAAACAUUUACUAGGAGGUAGAUGUGUCAGAGGUGAAUGCCUAGGUCUUGGGGGUAUGUGAUGAAAAGUCCCAACUCAAACAUGAAGAGUUUGUUAGACAAGGUAGCAAUUGUCAACUUGUUUACUCUAGAUAUCAACCUAAACAUGGCUACUGGGUUAUAGGAUUAGAGAAUCAAUUUGAACAUAAUGCUUCUGUGGAGUCUUCCUCCUCUGAUUCCUUAAAAUUAACCCUCUCUCUAACUGUUCCUCCCUGUCCUGUUGGGGUUUUCCUACACUUUGAUGCUUGUGCUGUCUCAUUUUUCAACAUAAUGAACCAUCUGUUUACCAUCUAUAAAUAUUCUUCAUGUUCCUUUUCUCAGAAAAAUUGUCUGUAUUUCAAUCUUAUGAAAUGUGCUGGCCCCAUGAUACUGUGUUCUCCAAGUUCUUAAAUCACUUACACCCUCAACCACCUCUAUAUAGUGCCACUGGCCUUGGAUACAUCUAAUGAACCGAGCUUAUCUGCACCAUUCUCUCAUCUUUUUCUUAUUGCCCCUCCUCUUUUUCCCACUGAUCACCUGUCAUUCAUCAUGAGGGUGUACAAUUUGCCUCAUGUCAUAUUUCUCCACAAUCUUGUUUGCAUUAAUAGAGAAUCCUAAUUAAUCAUUUUUCUAUACUCCUGAAAAAAAUGACUAUUGCCUCAUAAAAAUGCAGUUAUAGAGGUGACAUCUCUACCAAUGUUUACAAUCUCAUUUCCUCUUCUGCUGAAUGGCAAGAUGAAAACUUUUCAAGAAUUUUGCAUAUGAUUAAAGACUUUGUAUAGGAGUCAUUCACUACAGAAUGAGUCCUCAGGGGUGUGUCCCUUAUCUAUCAAGGAAUAAAGAAGAAUUUUUAGAAAUAAUAUGUACUAAGAGUAGAGUUUUGUGUCCACAGUGUCUGAGUUCAAGUCCAGUCUCUCCAAAUACAGUGAACCUUGAAUAAGAUAGUUGAAUGCUGAUUUUCUUUUCUUUUUAAAGAUUUUUAUUUAUUUAUCUUUAGAGGGGAAGGGAAGGAGAGAGGGAGAGAAAUAUCAAUGUAUGGUUGCCUCUCAUGCGCCCCCUGCUGGGAACCGACCUGCAACCCAGGCACGUGCCCUGACUGGGAAUCGAACUGUGAUUCUUUGGUUCUCAGGCCCAUGCUCAAUCCACUGAGCUAUGCCAGCCAGGGAUGAUUUUAUUUUCUUAAAACAAUCCCACUAUAGAAAUCACACACAUCAUAGAUAGGAUCAGUGUGAGAUGAAAAAUGCCAUUAAGUAUAAAAUAUAUAAAUGUUUCAACUUAAACAUUUUCUACUAAUUAUUAAAAAUAUAAGCUGUGUCAGUGUCUCAUGAAACAGGAUUGUGCCUGUGUAGACAAAGGGUGUUUUUAAAAUCAAAGUCUCAUGUUUCAGAUCCCAGAUCCACCUGUGUUACUGUCAGGAACACUCCAGCUCUGCCCAUGAUGGACCAGUGUGGUUUUGUGUGUGUGAUGGUGAAUAUUAUUAUUAUAUUUCUGGUGUUACUACAUAUUAGCCCUAAUCAACUAACCUAAAUUCUAGAAGACUCAGUUUUUCAAUUGUAAAAACAAAUUUACUUGAUUUAUUAUUGUGAAAAUUAAACAACAAAAUGUUUUCAAUAGCUUCCAUUAUUUCUAACACAUAAAUAGUGAUCAAGGAUGCUGUCUAUUCUUUUUCAGUUGGCCUCUCGGUGUGACUGAAAUAAAUAAUUUUAAGUAGA